CCUUCAGUAGAAGAAGAACGCGGAAACGUCACAUAUAGUGAUGGAACCAGCUUCAGCUGCUUCACCACUGAUCACAUAACACAACUAGCCACCACAGGCUAACCUGGCUAUAGUUACAUGUCUCGCUGUUGAUUUAAUUUAUGUUUGCGGUUGCAUGCCUGGUCAAAACAAAGACAGAAACCCUACACAGAAACACGGGCUACGGUGAAAGACGGAUUUUGUAGCCACGUCCCGGGUUCUACUGACAGGUUAUUUAGCUAUCCUAGCCAAAGAGAGCACGGUGAUUGGGCUAGCGGCAGGUUAGCCAGCCAGGUGCUUAGCUCGCUGGCUAGUAACUUGCGUCAUGGACGAACUAGCCGUGGAAGUGAAAGACACAUGUGGGGCCUUUUAUAAGGCAUUUGUUAAAGAUGUUCACGAAGGAUCGGUCACUGUGGCGUUUGAGAAUAAUUGGCUGCCGGAACGUCAGGUCCCUUUUCAGGAUGUGCGAUUCCUUCCUCCUGCAGGGUUCUGCAAGGACAUCAAUGAGAACGAUGAAGUGGAGGUUUAUUCCAGGGCCAAUGAGAAGGAACCCUGUGGGUGGUGGCUGGCUACUGUUUGCAUGGUUAAAGGAGAGUUCUAUGUCAUAAAGUACGCUGCCUGUGACGCUACAUUAAACGAGAUCGUCACACUGGACAGGUUACGGCCAGUCAACCCGAACAAACCGGCCACUAAAACCACCUUCAUCAAGAUCAGACUAGACAUCCCUGAAGAUCUGCGGCAGAUGUGUGCAAAGGAGUCGGCGCACAAAGAUUUCAGGAAGGCAGUGGCGGCGUUCAGCGUCACCUAUGACUCUGAGAAAAAGCAGCUGGUCAUUUUGUCCGUGAACGAGGUCACAACCAAGAGGGCCAACAUGGUCAGCGACAUGCACUUCAGGAGUCUCCGCACCAAACUGUCACUCAUGCAGAGAAACGAAGAGGCCAGCAGACAACUGGAGAGUUCCCGGCAGCUUGCGUCAAGGUUUCAUGAGCAGUUUGCAGUUCGAGAUGAUUUAAUGGGCCUGGCCAUCGGAACACACGGCGCCAACAUCCAGCAAGCUCGAAAAGUCCCCGGAGUGACCAACAUCGACCUGGAUGAAGAAACCUGCACCUUUCACAUAUAUGGAGAGGACCAGGAGGCUGUUCGUAUCGCCAGGGGUUACCUUGAAUUCUCUGAGGACAUCAUCAAAGUUCCUCGGAAUUUAGUUGGGAAGGUGAUUGGCAAGAACGGCAAACUGAUCCAGGAAGUGGUCGACAAGUCAGGUGUGGUGAAGUUAGUUUUUGAGCCAAUACUUUGUGAUAUCCAUCUAUAACAUAUAUUUUCUAUUGUUUGACAGGGAAUGGUGCCGUUCGUUUUCGUUGGGACCAAGGAAAGCAUCUCAAACGCUACAGUACUGCUGGACUAUCAUCUCAACUACCUUAAGGAAGUGGAUCAGCUCCGACUGGAGCGCCUCCAGAUUGACGAGCAGCUCAGACAGAUAGGAGGAGGCGGAGGCGGCGGAGGAGGAGGAGGAGGAGGAACAGGGCCGCGUAACGCCAAGGACAAAACCUACGUGUUUGACAACGGCAUGGGACUGGGGAUGGGGAGAGGAUCAGGAGGAGGAGGGAAGCCCUACACUGGAGGUGGAGGAAGAGGAGGACGAGGGCGGAGAGGAGGCGGAGCAGCGUUCGCCUCAGGCACCAACUCGGAGGCGUCCAAUGCUUCAGAGACGGAGUCCGACCACAAGGAGGAGCUCAGCGAUUGGUCCCUGGCCCCCACUGAAGAGCUCAUGACAGGAAGCGGAACCCUGCCCAGGCGGACGGACGGGAGGAGGAGAGCAGGGGGUGGAGGGCUGCGGGGACGUGGAGGGAGAGGACGGGGAGGACAUAAAGGUGAAGACAUGCAGUGGGGUGAGCCAAGACCCCGUCACAUCAGAGACCCCAAGACAAGAGCACACGAAGACAGCUUACAGAUCCGUGUAGACGGGAACAAUGAGAGGAGUGUGCAGCACUCUUCAGGGGGUCGAGGAGGAGGAGGAGGAGGAGGACCAGGGCUUUCCUCCACUCAGGGCGGCCUGAGUUCCAGCGACGGCCCUUCCCGUCAUCAUCACCAGAGAUCCAUUAGAGAACGAGCGAUGAAGAAGGACAAACAGGAUGCUACGCCUCUGGUGAACGGAGUAUCGUAGAUACAACACUGAAGGACCUUUUCAUUUAAACACACACACACUCUCUCUCACACACACACACACUCACACUCAUACAGCAUUGUAGAGUCUCAGUUUGUUUAUCUUCGAUAUUUUUUUUUUCCUUUCAUUCUUUCUUGGCAAAAACACCCAGACACUCAUGUCAUUAGCAUGGAGGGUGACUGUCGUGAUGUCAUCAACCACAGGUCACAUGGUAUAUCCUGGUCUGCUCUUUAAGAAAACUGCUCCAAGCUCUCUAUACUGUCAAUAUACUUUCUUUUUUUUUUUUUUUUUUUUUUUUGAAAAAAGAACAAGAGUAAGUAUCUCUUACUGAGGCAUUAUCUCCCCCCUCUCCCCCUUUUAAAUAGCUAAUUGUUUUUUGUUUUUCUAUCUCUUUUUUGUUUCCUGUUUGAAGUUGCUCCAAUGAGAUUAAAAACAGUCAAAACAACAACAACAAAAAUAAGGGGAUGGAGGAGGACAAAAAAAAAAAAAACAACUUUUAGUUUGAGGAGGAUUAAAUGUUUUUUGUUUUUGUUUUUUAACGUCCUGGAUUUUUUCUUCUUCUAUGUAAAUGUGAGGAGUUCAAGAAAACAACUUUAUAAAGAAAGGAAGUUUAUUUUGCUGAUAUAAAGUUGGACAGUUUGGAGCGUCGCCUUUGUAAGUUAGCUUCACUGAUCUUUAGCUUUUCUUUCUUUCUUCUUUUUUUUUCCUGUUUCAGGUAUGAUUCCACUCAGACUCGUAAUGUAGAAGAAGCCACGACCUUAUAGGGAAGAGUUAGUCGAUAGUUAACUUUACCAAUGGGAAGCAGACAUAGUUCAGCACUUAUUAAUUGACUCGUCGUCUCAUCAGUUGUUGUUUUUGUUUUGUUUUUUUAUUAUUGUUGCUUAAAAUGUAGUAAAAUAAUUUAACUGACUGACUUGCGAAGAUGUCAUAACUGGACGGGCAUGAAUUUAAAGACGGUCCAGAGUCGAGAGACGUUAACGUGAGGCACUUUGCAGCAGAUCGACGGUCAAAUGUCUCGACCGGAGUCGUGAUUUAAUACAGAAUGAAUGGAUUCAACGUGUUCAUCGUUUUCAGUCAGUGACAUUACUGGAUUAUUACUUAGUUAGAGGUGAGAGUGGGAGGUGACAUCCGUUUAAAAACGACAAAAAAAAAAUGCAAUGCUGAAUGGUCAGAAAAAAAAAAACAGUCGAAGUCGACAGGUUUAUACUGUAGUUCAUGACUGAAGCAUUCCACACCUUUUUAAGUAAAAAGAAAAAAAAGAAAAAAAGGCGCAUUUUCUCCAUCAACAUUAUUUUCAGAAGGCGCUGAGGUAGAGGUGAAGAAACUCAUUUAAAGUCGGAGUGAAAAUUAAAAAAAAAUCAUCUAGGACAGUCAACGCAGCCACACAGUUCAUGUCCAGCUCAUCCUAACACACCAUCUUUCCUUUAAUUUAUAAGAAAAAAAAAGAAAAAACCUUUGUAUUUAACAUGUUUUGCUGUUAGUGUUUGAAGUACGAGUGCAGAGGAAACACCUUAUUGUAAUGCUUUGAUAUAAUAAAAACUUGCUAAACGUU